AUGAGUUAAUAGAUUUAAUGUCUCAAAAGGUUAAUGAUGAAAUAAUAAACCGAGUCUUGAAAGCCGUUUACUAUUCAAUCAUUGCUGAUUGUACACCUGAUAUUUCUAGAAAAGAACAACUUUCUCUUACUAUUCGAAUUGUUGACUUGUUAUUAGACAUUGGAGUGGAAAUUAAAGAGUACUUUUUAGGAUUCUUUUCUGUUUCUGAUUCUACAGGCUUAGGAUUUACUGAGGUUUUAAUCGAGUUGCUAACUAAGCAUGGACUUGAAAUCUCUAACUGCAGAGGUCAAGGGUAUGAUAAUGGAUCAAAUAUGAAAGGAAAGAUUAAUGGUGUACAAAAAAGGAUUUUAAAUCUUAAUCCUUUAGCAUUAUAUGUUCCUUGCGGCAACCAUAGCUUAAAUUUGGUAAUAAGUAACUCUGCACGGUCUUCAGUAAAAUCUAUAGCUUUUUUCGGUAUUCUUCAGAGAUUGUUUACUCUAUUCUCAGCUUCAGUGAGCCGAUGGAAAAUUUUAAUUGAUCAUGUUAAAAUUUUGCAUUUAAAGAAACUCUGUGACACGCGGUGGGAAGCAAAAAUAAGUAGUGUUAAAGCCGUUCGUUAUCAAGUUGGUGAUGUACAUGACGCUUUGAUAGCAUUGUCAGAAAUUGAAGGAUGUAAUCCUGAAACUGCACAUGAAGCGAUAACUCUAGGAGAGCAAUUAAAAGAUUUUAGCUUUCUUGUCUCUUUAAUUGUCUAGUAUGACGUUCUUUUUCAAGUCAAUAUUGUUAGUAAAACUCUUCAAGAAAAAGACAUGGACAUCACUCAAUGUGCAAAGUUAUUGAAAAGCUGUUGUUCAUUUUUAGAAAACUAUAGAAAAUGUGGUUUUAAAGAUGCAAUUAUAAAAGCAAAGGAUUUGGCUAUAGAAUUACAAGUGGAGCCUGUUUUUAAACCACUUAAAAGAA